CCACUCUCGUUGUUCCUUUCAGCAAAUGGCGGAUGACGCCGGUGCUGCGGGAGGGCCCGGAGGGCCCGGGGGCCCUGGAAUGGGAGGCCGCGGCGGUUUCCGCGGUGGCUUCGGCAGCGGCAUCCGGGGCCGGGGCCGGGGCCGUGGUCGGGGCCGGGGCCGAGGCCGCGGAGCUCGCGGUGGCAAGGCCGAGGACAAGGAGUGGAUCCCCGUCACCAAGCUGGGCCGCCUGGUCAAGGACAUGAAGAUCAAGUCCCUGGAGGAGAUCUAUCUCUUCUCCCUGCCCAUCAAGGAGUCUGAGAUCAUCGACUUCUUCCUGGGAGCCUCCCUCAAGGACGAGGUCUUGAAGAUCAUGCCUGUGCAGAAGCAGACGCGUGCGGGCCAGCGGACCAGGUUCAAGGCAUUUGUCGCCAUCGGAGAUUACAAUGGACACGUCGGUUUGGGUGUCAAGUGCUCCAAGGAGGUAGCCACUGCCAUCCGCGGAGCCAUCAUUCUGGCGAAGCUUUCCAUUGUCCCUGUGCGGCGAGGCUACUGGGGGAACAAGAUCGGCAAGCCCCACACUGUCCCGUGCAAGGUGACUGGCCGCUGUGGCUCUGUGCUGGUGCGUCUCAUCCCCGCCCCCAGAGGCACUGGCAUUGUCUCGGCCCCUGUGCCCAAGAAACUGCUGAUGAUGGCUGGUAUUGACGACUGCUACACCUCGGCCAGGGGCUGCACUGCCACCCUAGGGAACUUUGCCAAGGCUACUUUCGAUGCCAUCUCCAAGACCUACAGCUAUCUCACCCCUGAUCUCUGGAAGGAGACUGUGUUCACCAAGUCUCCCUAUCAGGAGUUCACGGACCAUCUUGUGAAGACCCACACCAGAGUCUCUGUUCAGAGGACCCAGGCUCCAGCUGUGGCUACCACAUAGUUUUAUACAAGAAAAAUAAAGUGAACUAAAGCUUG